AUGACAGGUAUUCCGCUAGAGGUGGCUGUGCACAAGUUAACCCUGGAUUCUAACAUCGCUCCGUCCCGAACUGCUGCCAUUGGCCACAAAGAAGCAGUCAUAGUGUCAGAAACGACAUCGAGAGUCUGGACCUUGUUCACGGACGGAACUUCCAACGUGAAAUGGUCCGGGGACUGGACUCCGAGGGAAUGGUCAAUCACCCACAUCCCGAGAGAAGAAAACAUGGAAGCAGACGCACUGGCCAAUCUGGGUUCGUCCAAGGAAAUAAAGGAAUCAGACUCCGGUACAGUCGUGCAACUUAUGCAUUCGCUAUUGGAUGUGGACGGUUAUUAUGAAGUAAAUACGACUAAUUUGGUCUGGGACUGGAGAAAUGAGAUCAUCGACUAUCUUGAGCAUGGAAAACUUCCCGAAGACACAAAGGCAUCCCGAGCACUCCAAACCAAAGCAGCUCGUUACUGCUUCAAGAGAGGCCAGUUGUAUAGGAAGUCUUUCCAAGGCUCGUUGGCCCGAUGUUUAGGAGCCUCAGAGGCUAAUUACAUCAUGAGAGAAGUUCACGAAGGAAUACGUGGAAAUCACUCUGGUCCUUACCAGAAAAUCGGCGAGCGCGAAGUGGUCGAUUUGCUGUGGGAGAAUAUAAUUUGCAGGUUCGAAAUACCAAAGGGAAUAGCCUGCGACAACAUGCCGCAAUUUAUAGGCGCAAAGGUCACCAAAUUCCUUGAAGGCUUGAAAAUCAAAAGAGUCACAUCUUUGCCAUACCACCCGAAUGCAAAGGGCCAAGCGGAAUUGACAAAUAAGGUGAUCGUCCAAAAUCUCAAAAAUAUAUUGGAAGCAGCCAAAGGCAAAUGUGCUGAAGAGUUACCGAGAGUGCUAUGGGCGUAUUGA